AUGGCGUCCAACUCUACUUUGGCGAGCAAUGGCCCGUCUGAGACUUCAACUUAUAAGCCCAGAUACAUCGAUAUCGGAAUCAACCUCGCCGACCCCAUCUUCCGCGGCCACUAUCACGGCAAGUCACGCCACCCCGAUGACCUCGCCGGCGUCGUCCAACGCGCCAUCGACGUAGGCUGCGCCAAGCUCAUCGUCACCGGCUCCAGCUUCAAGUCCUCUCGCGACGCCCUCAAAAUCGCCCAACAGUUCCCUCACCACGUCUACACAACAGCCGGCAUCCACCCCUGCUCCUCCUCCAUCUUUUCCACCUCACACCACAUGCACCACGACGAAUCCGGCUCCGAGUCCGAAUCAUCUCCUGCUACUGCUGCUGCUACUGCCCCAGAAACAGCAGCCGACUCGGCCUCCACCCCGAUCCCCAUCUGCGCCGACCCCGACCCUGACGCCCCACAACCCGAAGACCCUUCUCUAAUCGACCACGUCCGCACCCCGCAACUCAUCGCCUCCCUCUCUGACCUCAUCGACUCCAACCGUUCUCCAAAAGGGGGACUCAUUGCCUUUGGCGAAUUCGGCCUCGACUAUGACCGUCUGCACUACUGCUCGCGCACCAUCCAAUUACAUUCCUUCCGGGUCCAACUCAGCCUUGCCGCCUCUCUCACCCCGCAACUACCCCUUUUCCUACACUCGCGCGCCGCCCACCGGGACUUUGUCGAUUGUCUCAAGGAAGCCUUUGGUCCGAACCUCGAAAAACUAGAAAAGGGCGGGGUGGUGCAUUCCUUCACCGGUACCCUCGAAGAAAUGCAGGAGUUGAUGGAUUUGGGCCUGUUUAUUGGUGUGAACGGGUGUAGUUUCAAGACGGAAGAAAACUGUGCGGUUGUCAAGCAGAUUAGGCUGGACAGAAUCAUGUUGGAGACGGAUGGGCCGUGGUGUGAGGUACGGGGCGGACAUGAGGGGUGGAAGUACUUGGUGAAGUAUUAUGCGAGGGAGAGGGAGGCUAAGGAGAAGGCUGAAGCGGAAGCUAAGGAGAAGGCUGACGAAGAGGCGAGAAAAAAGAAGGCGGCAGAAGAAGAAGAGAAACAGAAGGCCGAGGAAGCAGCCAAAGCCCUCGCAGACGUUUCUCUAAACGAGAAUGGGACACAACCCCAAACCGAAGGGGAAGUCGGGAACGGUACCCCGGACGUUAGCGGGACCUCCACACCCAACCCCAGCGGCCAACAACAACCGGGCCAAAAACGCGAACGGCGCAAGAAGCAACCACAGCCGCCUCCACAGCCAAAGAAGAACAAGAACGCAAAGAAAGAAUCUGAAGUGCCUGAGCGGUUCAAAGUCGUCAAGAAGGAGAAAUGGGAGGAGGGGGCUAUGGUCAAGGGCCGCAAUGAGCCGUGCACAAUUGAACGGAUUGCUAUUAUUGUCGCGGAGAUCAAGGGGAUCUCGGUGGAGGAGGUGUGUGAGGCUGCUUGGAGGAAUACUGUCAAGGUGUUUGGGUUGGAGGAGUGA